CACGGGGUGCCGCUUCCAAGGGGGCUUGUCGGAAAGGUCACUUGUCAUUUUGCCCACGAUGCGAGACAUCAAGGCAGUCCAGUACAGCACGUUUGCCACGACUGCCGCCGACGACGGCGUGGCGCCGCCGUUGGUCCACCCCUUGGACAACGCAGGGUUGCUUUCCAAGUUGGUGUUCUCAUGGGCGGGGCCGUUAGUCGCCCUUGGCAACGAGAGGCAGCUUGCACUCAAGGACAUGUGGUCGCUGCAGCCCGCAAACAAAGUCGCGAAAAUCUCCAGCACGUUCAAGGUCGCGUACAACGCCAAGGGCAAGAGCGUGCUCGGGGGGUUCUUCUCCAUGUACUGGGUCCAAUUCUGGUGCCUCGGUGCGAUGCAACUGUUUUCCGUCGUCGCGAAUCUGUACGGGCCGGGGUACGUUCUCGGCGAGAUCAUCUCGAUCGUCCAAGCCCCGUCGUUUGACACAACGUACGCGCUCCAGUUGAUCGGGUCGUUGCUCGCGAUCCAAAUCGCCAACGUGUUUGUGACGGCGCACAUGAACUUCCUCGACUCGGUCGUGUCGCUCCAGUUCAUGGCAGCCAUUCGUUCGAUGUUGUUUGAAAAGGCGAUGAACUUGAAUGCGGCGUCCCGCAAGGUCAAGUCGACGGGAGAGAUCACAAACCUCGUGUCCACGGACGCGGCGCGCGUGAUGGAGUUUGGCUUGAACGCGCAUCAGUUUUGGAUUGUCCCGAUUCAAGUCGGAUGCGUGCUCUACUUGCUGUACAAUUUGGUCGGGUGGUCAAUCUUUGUCGGGUUCGGAGUCGUGUUUGCGAUUGUCGUCGUCAACGCGAUCGUGGCCGUGCUGCUCGGCUCGACGCAAAAGGAGUUCUCGACCCUCAAGGACCUUCGCAUGAAGCUCGUGAACGAGCUGUUUGGGUCGAUUCAAGUCGUCAAGUUCAACGCGUGGGAAGAAAAGUUCCUGGCGAGUGUCCGCGACCUGCGUGCCACCGAAGUGAACGCGAUCUGGAAGUUCAUGCGGUACCUCGUGUUCCUCCUGACGUUCCUGCGAGGCGCGCCCACGCUCGUGACGAUUUCGGUCUUUGCCACGUUUACGCUGUGGAUGCGCCAGACGCUGACCAUCACGAUUGUGUUUUCGACGCUGGCGCUCUUUACAGCGCUGCAGGACGCGAUCAUGACGUUGCCGAUGGUCAUCUUGAACCUCGUGCAAGCUCUCGUGUCGGCAAAACGCAUUGACGAGUUUCUGCAUCUCGACGAACGCGACGACGCUGUGGUCAUGACGCCGCGCACCGCCCGCGCUGCCGCAGACAUCUACGCCUCCGACCGUGCGGUUGUCGCGAUCGAGAGCGGUCACUUUGGCUGGGACGAUCACACCCCGUUCUUCAAAAACAUCAACUUGAAAGUGCGUCAAGGGGAGUUUGUCGUUGUUCAUGGCGCCGUCGGCGCGGGCAAGUCGUCGCUGUGCUCGAUUCUGCUCGGCGAAAUGCACAAAACUGGCGGCACCGUCUUUGUCGGAGGCGACGUGGCGUACUUUAGCCAGCAGCCGUGGAUCCAGCACACCACCGUGCGCGAAAACAUUCUGUUUGGCCGACCGUAUGACCGCGUCAAGUACCAGGCGGUGGUCGACGCGUGUGCUUUGACCGCCGACAUGGCGUCGUUUCCGGCAGGGGACCGUGCGGAAAUCGGCCCCAAGGGUCUCAACUUGUCCGGGGGCCAGAAGGCCCGCAUCAGUUUGGCUCGGGCGUGUUACAGCGACGCCGACAUUUACAUUUUGGACUCGCCGCUCUCGGCCGUGGACGCGAUUGUGGCCAAGGAGAUCUUCUCCAAGUGUUUCCUGGGCUUGCUCAAGCACAAGACAGUGAUACUGGUCACGCACAGCCCUGAAAUCAUCGAGUCUGGGGACGUGGACCGUCUGAUUUUGAUCCAGGACGGCCAGUUGGUUGAACGCGCCACUUCAGGAACGGCGGCGCAAGCAUCCAGUGAGCCACCACUCGUCGCUCCGUUGAGACCGACAAAGGCAUACUGGGACGACGAAUCCAACUUGCCAGUGUAUCUGCCUGUGCACCGCGAGUACGACAUGCUGCUGACUCCGUCGGCAACAACCCCGUACAACUUUCACGCAUCCGAGAUGCUGUUCACGCAAAAGGUCACGUUGUCGGGCACCCACACGUUCGACGACCUCGGGCGCCUUGUCGUGGAAGAGGAAUGUCGCGAGGGACGAGUGUCCAAGUCCGUGGCCAAUCGGUACUUCAACGCCAUGGGCGGGUGGUUGUCAGUAGCAGUCGUAGUUCUGACCAGCGUCGGUGCGCAAGGGGUGCAGUUGGCCACAGACUUGUGGCUAACGCAUUGGAGCAACCAAAGCGGGUCCAUGGACCCUGGUGCAUUUGCGGCCGCGACCGACGCCAACAUGAUUGUGUACGCCCUCUUGGGGUGUGCCACCUGCGUCGCGUUCGCUGUGCAGAUGUCGGCAAUGUAUGGCUUCGGUCUCGUAGCGUCGCAAAAGCUGUUCGACGACAUGCUCACGAAUCUCCUUCAAGUGCCCAUGCAGUUUUUCGACACCAACCCGAUCGGACGCAUCCUGAACCGGUUCAGCGACGACGUGAUGGCAUGCGAUAUUAUGUUGGCCAACACGUUUGUCACAAUGGUGGGCAUGGUUCUCUUCAUCGUGUCGACGGCGGGGACGGCCAUUUUCAUCAUGCAAUGGUACGGUCUUGGUGUCCUUCCUCUACUCUACGUGUACGUGCGGCUCGGAGCGUACUACUUGAGUCCUCUUCGCGACCUGAACCGCCUCCAAAAGACGACACGAUCUCCCGUGAUUACUUUAAUCAGCGAAGGCAUUGACGGGUCCGUCACGAUCCGCGCGUACGGCGACAAGCAACUGCGCAGGUUCUACCGCCUCCAACAGUCCAACGUCGAGACGUUUUGCGCGACCAUGUUUGCGCAGACCGCCCUGCGACAAUGGUUCACGCUGCGCGUUCAACUCAUCAGCUGCGCGAUCGUGACCUUGAUGCUUCUCACUAUUGUCGUCCUCCAAGGCGCCCUCAGCCACGGGUUUGUCGGACUUCUCGUCACACGGACAUGA